AUGCCCAAGUUGGCAUUUGUGAUGGCAGCAGAGAUGCGACUUUUUCGCAAUUGCGAUAGAUUUCUCGCAUUUGCGGGUUCGCAACAGGUUGCAAUUGCAACAUUUGCGCCUCGACAAAAUGAUGAGAAUGCGGGAUUUAGCUCAUAUUUUCACAAACUCUCAACCCUAAAAUCCCUAGAGGUGAAAAAGCUGGCGAGAGCCUAUUUUAAAGAGGCCCAAUGGUUAAAUGCUGGCUACAUUCCAACAUGUGAGGAGUAUAUAAAAAAUGCAAUUGUGAAAAAGCUGGCGAGAGCCUAUUUUAAAGAGGCCCAAUGGUUAAAUGCUGGCUACAUUCCAACAUGUGAGGAGUAUAUAAAAAAUGCAAUUGUAAGCAAUACCUUUAUGGCGCUUGGAACACUUUCCUUAAUUGGUAUGGAGGAACUUAUAACAAAAAACAUUUUUGAAUGGAUCACAAGUGAGCCUUCAAUUGUUCGAGCUUCAUCAACCAUAUGCAGAUUAAUGGACGAUAUUAGUGAUCAUGAAGUUCAGCAACAAAGAGGACAUGUAGCUUCAAUUAUAGAAUGCUUCAUAAAAGAAUAUGGAGCUUUAAAGGAAGAGGCCUAUGUUAAGUUUCGGAAGGAAGUCAAGAAUUCGUGGAAAGACAUAAAUAAAGCAUUACUCCGCCCCACUGAAGUACCAACAUUUGUUCUCGAACGAGUUUUAAAUCUUGCACAUUCAAUGGAUACUCAUUUCCAAGAUGAAGAAGAUGGAUACACAGAUUCGACUUCCAAAAGCAAAGACGUUAUUACCUUGUUGCUUGUUGAACCUGUCAAUAUAUGA